AGAGGCCGGUGCCCACAGCCGGGAGCCGGGCCGGGCCGGGCCGAGGAGCCGGCGGACGAGACUGGAGCCGCCGCACGUCCCUGCUCGGCGCCGGAGGCAGGGUUGAGAGGAGAAACCUUUUCCUGUUCUGCAAAACUUUUUGAGAUGCCAAGAUUUUUCCCAUUCUGAAUUGGAAUGAAACCAGUGCCAAGACAAUGAUACCUCCUGGGGAAUGCCUAUAUGCUGGGAGAAAAAGGAGGAAACCCAUUCAGAAACAAAGGCCUGCAGUUGGGAAUGAAAAAUCUAAUCCUUCAAAGAGACAUAGGGACCGUCUGAAUGCUGAAUUAGAUCAUCUAGCCAGCCUCCUGCCUUUCCCACCUGACAUAGUAUCUAAAUUGGACAAACUUUCUGUCUUGCGCCUCAGCGUCAGCUAUCUCCGAGUCAAAAGUUUCUUUCAAGCUAUUCAAGAAAACCACUUCAAGAAGCAUUGUGAUCAAAUAAGCAAAGACAACAUAUCCAGCAAACCUAGUAUACAAGAAGGUAGACUUCUGCUAGAAUCACUGAAUGGUUUUGCACUGGUGGUGAGUGCAGAUGGAAUGAUAUUUUAUGCAUCAUCAACUAUUGUGGAUUAUCUAGGCUUUCAUCAGACAGAUGUAAUGCACCAAAACAUAUAUGAUUACAUCCACGUAGAUGAUCGCCAAGAUUUCUGUAGACAACUGCAUUGGGCCAUGAAUCCUCCACAGGUGGAGUCUGGGCAACAUUUACCAACUGAAACAGGAGAAGAUCAUAUGCUCAGGAAAUUGUUUAAAGCACAAGAAUCUGAUGGUGUGACAACAGACUAUUCUUCUUUUUUAACUCGCUGUUUCAUCUGUCGAGUUCGCUGCCUGUUGGACAGUACUUCUGGCUUUCUUACAAUGCAGUUUCAAGGCAAACUUAAGUUUCUUUUUGGACAAAAAAAGAAGUCCCCUUCAGGAGCAAUAUUACCACCUAAGCUGUCCUUAUUCUGCAUAGUGGUGCCACUUCUGCUUCCUUCUGUCAUGGAGAUGAAGAUGAAAAGUCUGCUCAUGAAAACAAAACAGAAAGCUGAAGAGGCAUCCCCAAUAGACACAAAGUCAAAAACUAGUUCAGGUCUGUGUGAAACAGAGUCAAAUGGAAGAAUCAGUUACCAUGAAGGUCCAGCUUUCACUAAUGUGUUACAAAGUGGUGAAAACCAGACCAAAGCAAAGAAUAAUGGAGAAAGUGGUAUUGCCCUUGUCAAAGUACAAACAAAUGAAGAUCAGUGGGUCUGGGUACAAGCCAGUACUCAAGUUCUCUAUAGAAGUGGCUGUUCAGAAUAUGUCAUUGGUUCACAGCAAACACUAAAAGAAGAAGAUGAGCACCUGAAGAUACCAAGCAACGUCACCUGUUUGAAAGGAAACCGGGAAGCUCUUACCUAUAAUUGUGCCAUUGAAGCUGUGGGACAGAUGAAGCAUAUCAAUUGGACAACACUAAAAAAUGAACAGGAUAACAUAAAAGUGAAGUUUGAGCCUAGUACAAAUGACAAGGGUUUUCUGCAAGAGGACCCUCUGAAUGCUGAUAUGUUACUUUCAGGUGUCCAAAACAACUAUAACACAAACAGCGUUUGGACUUUAAGGAACUCAUCAAGUUCUUGUUCCAUAAAUCAGUGCAAUUCAUGUCCAAACAGAAUAGUCAGACCGUUCUAUAGCAGAGACCAAAGCUUUUUAAAUUUAGCAACAACCUGUCCUUCCCACUGGGGUAGCACAGAAAAUUGCCAGUCUUAUUCAGGCUUACAGCAGCUAAAAACGGAGAACUACAAUACAGAGCGUAUGAAAUUGCAGCAUUCAUUAAUAUCCCCAGAAACUCUGUUUGAUACAACAUUUUCUCCAGAGAUACCUAUUAAGACUGAAUAUGAUUCUGAUUCUGAAAGUGUAGCUGACAACCACACGGCAUCACAAAAUCAAGUCUGGAUGGAUGAGAAAGGCACAGUGAGAAAACAGCUGAUUAGUUACCCUAACAAGGUGCACCUUAAAACAGAACUAGAUCUCAGUGAGCAGCUUUCUCUUUGUCAAAAGCCAAAGCACUAUGUUGGCACAUCACAUAGUUGGCAAUGCAUUGUAACAAAUCAUACUAACAAUCUCAACAUAAACAGGCCUUGUAAAGGGUUUUGUAACAAAGAGGUGAUGUCAUUUUGCCUCCCGAACUCUGCAUGUUUGGAAAGCAUGCACGACAUGCCAUAUACAGGAUGCUACACACAGUUCUAUAGCCCUAGUACAAGAGAAGAAGAAGGACAGAACAACCAGAUUUUUAAAAUGCAGUGUCAUCUUAAAAAUCCCUGCUUGGUUCAAAGUAUCAAGCGUGAGCCCUUGGAUUCUCCAUCCUUGUCUGAUAAUGGCCAGAAUGGAGUACAGGUGAUCCUCCCUGAAAACACUUUACUAGAUCCUGUGUCUCAUAAACCAACAGAAUGUACAUUCUUACAGUAGAUUGUAUAGUACAUGGAAUAUUUACAACACAAAAAGCAAGAAGAAGUUCUAGUUUCUCUUCCUAUUGGAUUAUGUGAGUCACUAAAAUUAAAAACCAAAAGGAAAAGCUUUAAAAUUAAUAUAAUCUUUUUAAGGACUCUUGGAAAUGAAGUGAAGUAAAACUAGACAUUGCAAAGUAAUUAUCAGCCCUAAUGCCAGUGUUUCUGUCAAUCUGUUUUAUGUUUUCUCUCAUUUUCUAUAUCUCUGCAAUUGUUUAUAAGGUCUACCUUUUUCUUUGUUUAGGUCACUAUGUAUCUUGAAUCUCAAAAUGGGACAGGCUCCCCUCCCUCCUACUCUCCAGCAAGAUGUAUCCAAGCUCUGGUUUUAACAGAGCAAGUGUGUGAGCUGGGGAGACAUGGGGGAAAAGGGGUUGCAGAGUGGAAUGCAGUAGUGAGCUGGGUGGCAAUGAGGAUUGUGAGACACCUGUCCUGAGCAUCAUAGAGGUUUUUUUAAAAUAAGGGGUGUCAAACUCACCUGGCCUGUGGGCCAGGUAGGUGGCACAGAACUGGUGCACAGCCUGAAUGAAUGGCAUGGAGCUAGUGCCAUGGGCUGGAUUGGGCCCAAAGAUCCCCCUCUCCCCUGAUGCAAUGCCUGCUCUGGCCAAUCCAGAAUAUAAGUCACAUGAAGCACCCACUCCAGCUGGUCUAGGGCAGGUGCCACGUGCAGCACAAGUCAUAGAAACACAGAAUCGUAGAGAAUUAGGGUUGGAAGGGACCUCAAGAGGUCAUCUAGUCCAACCCCCUGCUCAAAGCAGGACCAUCCCCAACUAGAUCAUCCCAACCAAAGCUUUUUUUAGCUGAGUCUUAAAAACCUCCAAGGAUGGAGAUUCCACCACCUCUCUGGGUAACCUGUUCAAGUGUUUUACUAUCCUCCUAGUAAGAAUGUUUUUCCUAAUAUCUAACCUAAACUUCCCUUGCUGAAACUUGAGAUCAUUUCUCCUUGUUCUGUCAUCUGCCACCACUGAGAACAGUCUAGCUCCAUCCUCUUUUCAACUAAACUUCAGGUAGACAAAAGCUACUAUUCGAAAAGGGUGAUCAUGGACAUUGACAGAAGUGCAACUCCCUGCUCUAACUCAUGGCACUUCAUAGAAAGCACCAUGAUUUAGACCCCCCCCCCCCGACCCAAUAGAUAUUUGCUAUUGGGUUGGGGGGCAGAGAAUCGAGCUCCACUUCAGAGUCCAUCCCGGAGGAGCUGCCUGUCUGCAGCCUCUCUCCCCUAGCCCCGCCCCCUCCCCUUCCCAACUCUGAUGAUGUCUGCAGGAUGGGGGCAGGGAGAAGGGAAGGGAGGGAGCUCUGGGCUGGGGUUUGCCCAGCUUGAGCUGGAAGGGGUGGUAGGUGAAUGAAGAUAUUGAACAAAACCAGCCCCAGGGCUGACCUCUGGGGCACUCUACUUGAUGCUGCCUGCCAACUAGACAUCGAGCCAUUGAUUACUACCCUUUGAGCCCAACAAUUCAGCCAAUUUUCUAUCCCCCUUAGAGUCCAUUCAUUCAACCCAUACUUCCUUAGCUUGUUCGCGGUAAUGUUGUGCGAGACCAUAUUGAAAGCCUUGCUAAAGUCAAGGUAUAUCACAUCCACUGCUCUCCCCGCAUCCAUAGAGCGAAUCAUCUCAUCAUAGAAGGCAAUCAGGUUGGUCAGGUAUGGCUUGCCCUUGGUGAAGCCACACCAACUGUUCCUAAACAUCUUCUCCUUCAAGUGCUUAGAAAUUGAUUCCUUGAGGAUCUGCUCCAUGAUUUUUCCAGGGACUGAGAUGGGGCUGACUGAUCAGUAGUUCCUUGGAUCCUCCUUCUUCCCUUUUAUAAAGACAGGCACUAUAUUUUCCCUUUUUCAGUUGUCUGGGACCUCUCUCAACUACCACAGGUUUUCAAAAAUGAAGGCCAUUGGCUCUGCAAUCACAUCAGGCGACUCCAUCAGUACCCUUGCGGGCAUUACUUUCAGCCCAUUGACUUGUACGUGUCCAGCUUUUCUAAAAAGCCCUUAACCUGUUCUUUUGCCACUGUUGGCUGCCCAUCUCCUCCCCAAACCAUCCUGCCAGGUGCCAUAGUCUGGAAUCUGACCUUGCCUGUGAAGACUGAGGUGAAAAAGACAAUGAGUACUUUAGCCUUUUCUGCAUCAUCUGUCACUAAGUUCCCUACCCCACUCAGUAAGGAACCCACACUGUCCCUGACCUUCCUCUUGUUGCUGACCUAUUUGUAAACCUUCUUGUUACCCUUCAUGUACCUUGCUAGCUGCAGCUCCACUUGCACUUUGGCCUUCUUGACUUCAUCCUUGCAUGCCCAAGCAAUGCUCUUAUACUCCUCCCUAGUCAUUUAUUCAAGUUUCCACUCCUUUUAAGCUUCCUUCUUAUGUUUUAGCUCACUGAAGACUUCCCUGCUAAGCCAAGCUGGUCUUCUACCAUACUUGCUAUUCUUCCUGCAAAUUGGAAUGUUUUGUCCGUGCACUCUCAGUAAGGUUUCUUUAAAAUACAACCAGCUCUCCUGGACUCCUUUAUCCUUCAGCCUGACCUCCCAGGGGAUCCUGCCCAUCAGUUCCCUGAGUGAGUCAAAGGUCUGGACUGGCUGCAGCAGCUGCUGCUUGCAAGAUAGCCCUAGACCAGCUAGAGCAGGCAAUGGACUUGGCAUGUGGGAGAGGUCCCAGACUGGCCGCAGAGAGGUGCCAUGUGUAGCAUGGGUCCCAGAGCAGACGCCAUUUGAAAUGGGUGUCUCUGGUCCUGUGUGCAAAGCCAGUUCAGCUCCAGUGCAGUGUGUGAGUCAACUCAAGACCCGGGGCCAGCACCAGGUGCCAGAAGAAGUGGCUUUGUGGGCCAAGUCCAGCUUGUGGGCUGUAUCUUUGACCUGCCUGCUUUAAAUUAACACUUAUGUCUGGUUUACUGAAACCUCUCCUUCUCCUCUCAGGGGAAGCUUCUGAAAAUGGAUCUAAAGCAUUCAUAUGAAGAAACCAACAGGAUGCCUGGGACAGGUGUUUAAAACAGGAUUGUCUCUGUGCAAAUGGGGCAUAUGGUCACUCUACUUUUGCUGCAUAUUACAUAGAUUUAUUGGAAGAAAUAUUGACUUUGUGAAAAGCGGUGAUAAAACUAUUGGUUUAAAUGGGACUGAGAUUUUAGCUUGCAAAUCUUGCAUGCUUGUUUUUAGUUACUUCACUUAAAAGUGUUACUCGGACCUUUGCCUCAAGUAAGCUAAUCAGAUACUUUUAUUUAAGAAGCUCUUGCUUGUAUCUAAAGGGAUCAACCCCUUAAAAUAAAAUAACUAAAAAAAAAGUAACAUAUUAUUUCAAACACAAUGCUAUUUCUUUAGUUUCCCUGUCAAUGUUUGCUUUACCCACCUUACUUUCCUAUUUUUAAAAAUAUUCAUCUCUGUUGCUAAUUGAAAUUAUCCAAUAAUACAUGGGAGAGACUGACACACAAAACUCUGUUAAGUGCAUAAACUAAAAAAGAAAAAUAUUUUCUAUUAUUUUUUUCUUGGGUACUCAUAACAGUUGUAAAAAUAGUUUCAGAUAGAAAUGUUAUUUUAAUUUCAAGAUAUUCCUUUAGCUAAUAGCAGAACAUUAUACAGCUUACUACUAUCUGACUUCACAACCAGGUCCCAUGCUAGCUUUAAAGAGACUAAUGAUAACAUUUUCAAAAGCACCUAAGGCUUAUUUUAAAAAGAGCUUGCCACAUAGUAACCACAUAUUAACCUCAGGCCCCUGAGGGCACGUCUACAUAUGAAAUGAAUGAUAUGCAAUAAACUCCAGUGCAUAUCGUGCCAAAGUUUAUUGCUCCUGGGCACCACAUUUACAUGUGCAUCUGGGACCACAGCACUCUUAGCUGAGUUGGAGCAGCCCAGGCAGCCAGGCUGCUUUGACCCUGUUCAAGGUCCUGCAGAGGGGCUGGCUGGAGCAUGAGGGUGCUCCAGCGCAGGACUAGCUAGCAGGCAGCCCCUACACUGAAGCAUCCUUGUGCCGCAGCCAGCCCUGUCAUCAUCCAUACACGCAUUGCUGCGCAGUAAAGAACACCACCAUAGGAUGGAAUUUAUAUUUACAAGUACUAACCUAUGGUGGAGUUAAUUAGCUUACUGUGGCCUAAUAGGGCUGCAUGUGUGGAUGCUGAGAUUUUACUGCAGAGCUAAUUAGGCAGCUCUGCAGUAAACGUCUCAUGUAAGGGUGCAGACAGAAGCGCAGCUCUUGGAUCUAAUUCAUGGCAAUUCAUAGAAAUUGCCAUGAGUUAGACAGAUCCCUCCAAUCCAACAAACAUUAGCAGUUAGGUAGGGAAGGUGGAAGAUUGGCUCCAAUUUGGAGCUUAUCCAGAAAGAGACUGUCUUUCCCUGGCUCCGCCCCUUCCCCACAGCUUGGUUGCUGUCUCUGGAUGGGAGAGGAGAGAAGGCAGGGGAGGAAGGUCCCUUCUGUGAGGGGAGGGGCUCGGCUCGCAUCCCCUCCCUGCUUUCUCCUGCUCCCAUCCAGAGACAUCAGCUGCAGCUUGCUGUGCUGCAGCUAGAACAGACAGAAAUUAAUUAUGUCUGUCCACUUAGGAGCAGCUUAAUUUGAACCCUCAUACAAUGAGGAUUAAUUUGUCACACAAUCAGAGGGCUCUACAGCUGUGCUCUUCUUAUUGUACAUGGCUUAGAGGAAUUUCAAGGGUCUGAUUGUGAAACAAAUGUCAUUUCUUUCUGCACCCUAGAUGUGCCAAGUCAACUUUAGUGCCUUUGAAAAUGGUAUCUUAUAUCUCUUCCAAAGUGGAGUGCUGAGCUAUGUAUUGAAAAACAACAUAAUAUAAUUUACAAUGUCUGGUUUGUUAUUUGAGUCCUGCACUAACCCUUGUUAUUAAAUUGCACUAUUUCGAUUUUACAUCACUUUUAAGUGUAUAGAAGCUACGUUAUUAAGAAAAUGCUUAAAUAUAUAUAUGUUUUUAUAAAGCUUA